CUCCACCACAAAACCACCCUUUCGGUUUUCGCCUAAAAAUUUCGCACUUUUGGGGGGGAUUUGGUAUCAUCUCCACUCUCUCCCCUCGAACCCACCCAAUAUAUAAGAAAUUCAGAUAAAAAUCCCACCUUGGCUAUCUCUCUCCCCUUGAUACAAUAGCAAUAGUAAUAGGCGUAGCUUGGGAUUUGGGGGUUUCGCUCGUCAAUGGCGGUGAGGGCUCCCACAAGCAGCUUGGGCUUCGCGGCGCCGCCAUUCGCCGCGUCGCGGCCGCGCUCGGUGAGGGGGAUCGUCGCUUGCCCUCCGCUUCGGAGCUCGUUCUUUAAUGGCGGAGUUGCUUCCCUAAGAGCUGUGCAAAUACAGACAUCCAAUUUCAACAGAAUGAAAUGCGGUGCUCUUGGUACCCGGAUGAACCUAUUUGAGCGACUAGCUAGGGUAGUUAAGUCCUACGCCAAUGCGCUCUUAAGCACCUUUGAAGAUCCAGAAAAGAUCUUGGAUCAAGCAGUUCUAGAGAUGAAUGAUGACUUGACGAAGAUGCGCCAAGCUACUGCACAGGUAUUGGCAUCCCAGAAGCGGCUGGAGAACAAAUACAAAGCUGCACAGCAAGCUUCCGAUGAGUGGUAUCGAAGGGCACAACUUGCACUUCAGAAAGGAGAUGACGAUCUUGCUCGUGAAGCCCUCAAAAGGCGUAAAUCUUAUGCUGACAAUGCUGCCUCCUUGAAGGCUCAGCUUGAUCAGCAGAAGAGUGUGGUUGAUAAUCUUGUAUCAAAUACUCGACUUUUAGAGAGCAAAAUACAGGAAGCUAAAUCAAAGAAAGAUACUUUGAAAGCCCGUGCUCAAUCAGCGAAAACUGCAACAAAAGUGAGUGAAAUGCUGGGGAACGUUAAUACGAGUAGUGCUCUUGCAGCGUUUGAGAAGAUGGAGGAAAAGGUUAUGGCGAUGGAAUCCCAAGCAGAAGCCCUUAAUCAAUUAACCACCGACGAUCUAGAAGGAAAGUUUGCAUUGCUCGAGAGCUCAUCGGUGGAUGAUGAUCUUGCGAAAAUGAAGAGAGAGUUGUCAGGGAGCUCAUUGAAAGGAGAACUACCUCCAGGUAGAACAGCGGCAUACUCCUUCAAAGACGUAGAAAUCGAGAGCGAGCUCAACGAGCUGCGAAGAAAAGUAAAAGACUACUGAUUUCAUCCUAUCCUGAAGUCUCAAAAGAGCUUGACCAUGGUUAGGAGUCCAUCGUUGGACCGCAUCUUUGUUGGGGAAAACGUGUUGUGGCACUGGAGAAAUUUUUGUACCUUUAAUUAUUUUAUUAAAGGAGAUGCGCCUUAAUGUUGCCAAGGUCUAUGUAUAUUGUUACUUAUCUAAGUAUUCCUUCUCGUGAUAUAUGAUAUGAGAUAAUCUAAUGUGAUACAAUGUGAUUAUCGCGUAAAUGAUAAAUUCAAUCUUAAAUUUUUUUUGAA